AACUUUAUGCUUGUAAUACUUUAUGGUUUGUCUGAAAUGAAAUUAUUUUUUUAGUUUACUUAAUUCUUAGAUUUAAAUAACCUUACCGACAUAAUUUAAUAAAGCUUGUUGAAAGUGAAUAACUGUAAAAGUUGAUUUUUGUAACAUUUUCACAGAAUGUCUAUUUUAACACAGUGAAAUUUUGUGCAACACAAAUACUUUUUGAAGUUUACAGCGUAGAAAUCUGAUGUGGCCCAAUCAUGAGUCGAACUGUCUCUUAAUAAUUCUGUUACUUUUUUUGUUGUAACAUUUGUAUUAUAUUAAAAAUAAUCAAUUGUAGGUAUUUGAAUAAAAUUAACAGGAAUGGCAUAUCAAACUCUAUUACAAGAAUACAUGCUCAUACCUCCAGUGACUAGGGCUUAUACUACCGCCUGUGUUGUCACUACGUUAGCUGUUCAACUAGAUUUGGUGUCACCAUUUCAGUUAUAUUUCAACCCCAUUCUUAUUCUUAAAAAAUAUCAGUUAUGGAGGCUGUUGACUACAUUCCUUUUCUUUGGAAAUUUAGGAUUCAACUUUUUUUUCAAUAUGAUAUUCACAUAUAGGUAUUGUAGGAUGUUGGAGGAGGGAUCAUUUAGAGGGAGAACUGCAGAUUUUGUUGUUAUGUUCAUAUUUGGAGGUGUUUUAAUGAUUUUAUGUGCUUUCUUUGUUAAUCUAUUAUUUUUAGGUCAAGCAUUUACUAUCAUGAUUGUAUAUGUAUGGUCUAGACGCAAUGUAUUUGUGCGGAUGAACUUUUUUGGACUAAUGAACUUCCAGGCACCGUACCUUCCUUGGGUCUUGCUAGGUUUCUCUGUCCUUCUUGGCAAUGCAAUCUCUGUGGAUUUGGUUGGUAUGGCUAUUGGUCACAUAUACUUUUUUAUGGAAGAUGUUAUGCCUAGACAAAAUGGGGGUCAAAGGUUAUUGAAGACACCAAAGUUUCUAAAAAAGUUGUUUGAUCCACCUCAAGAGGAAGAGUAUGUUCCUUUACCUGAAUUGGCAAACAUACGACCAGGAGGCUUUGACUGGCGAGGAGAUCGUUAAAUAUUAAAAUGAUAUAUUAAACAAAAACGAACAUACAGUGAGACCAUGCAUUGCCAAAAUAUGUUAUGAAAUUUAUAUUGUUUAAAAUUGAAAUCAAAGAUAGAUAAGUGAUAUUAAGUUUAUUUGUAUUUAAAUAUUAAUUUAAUGUAAUCCAUAUAAACUAAAAGCCAAAACAGUGACAUAUAAUGCAGUUUGGUGAGCAUAAAAAUAUACUAAAUAAUUAUUAAAAAUUGUUAAUACAGCACCUAUAAAAUACAUUUCUGCAGCCACUUCCAUGAUGAAAUCACCUUUUAAAAAAUCUGUUAGAUACCACUUACGAAAUAUUUUCUAUAUUUUGCUGCACCGCUCAACACAGUUUUUAUUGACAGUACUUUUUCACAGAGUUACGACACCGCUCAAAUCGUUACACCGUUUUUGUUUGGCAAUCUUAACUUACGCCUCGACUGAAACAUAGGCCCAGGCAUGUUGCCUAUGGGAACCUAAAUAUUAUUUUCGGGAUUUAAUUCAGGGAUGACCUUUUUUGUAUAUAUUAGAUAAGGCCUUCGCACACGAGGGUCUUAAAUAGAGAGUGUAUUUUUAUCUGUGAAUAAAUUAUGAGUACUGAAAA